AUGGCACCCAAACUCUCAGAAGAGGAGAUUGACGAUCUCAUUUACUUUUCAAGGGCCGGCGAGCUCGCUGAUCUCGAAGAAACCCUCAAGUCCCUGUCGGAGCGCGAAGGCGCUACCGUAGGCGAGAUCAUCACCGCCGCCAAGGAUGAGGGCAAGUCAACCUGCCUGCACAUGGCUGCCGGUAAUGGUCACCUCGAUAUCGUGAAGGCCCUCGUCACAGCCUUUGACAGCCGUCCUGCAGAGGAGAAGAAGGCGUAUGUCGACGCCGGCAACGAGUUUGGCAACACAGGUCUGCACUGGGCGUGCUUGGGCGGCCACCUUGAGGCAGUCAAGUACCUCGUCAGCCAUGGCGCUUCCCCUGCGGUGGCCAACGACAAGGAUCAAAUUCCUCUCGAUUCGGCGCUUUUCAACGACAAGCGAGAGGUCGCGGACUGGUUCUUGGCGCAAUCUGAGAAAAUGGAGGGCGGAAACCAGGAGGAAGGGCUGAGCGGUGCUGCGUCUGGCAUUGAGGUUGAGGAUGAUGGUGCCGUUGAGGAAGACAAGGGCAAGGAUAAGGCUGGCGAGAGCAGCAAGAGUUCAUAG